UAUGGUCAAAAUUAAAAAGCGCACCAAAGUAAACUCAAGAUUCUAGUGAGUACCACCACAAUGGGAUGAUCUCCAAAAAGGGAUCUCUGGUUCUCCCGACUCACUUCACUUGGGUCACACAUACGAAACCAUUGUCCAUCUCUCCAUCCUAAUCUCCUGCCAUUUCUGAUUUCUCUAUUCCAUAAUUUUGUUUCCAUUUCUUGAGAUGUCUUUCUGUAAUGGUGUGAAUUGUUCUUUCAUUCGAGGACCCACUUUGAAGUUCAGUGGAGGCAUCGAACUAAUAUUCAGACCCAUCAAUGUCGAUAACCGUAAAUUCAAUCUACGAUUUCCCAGAAUACAUAGCAUGUCAACAGACAAUGAUACUACUUACAAGAUGAACUUGAAUGAGUAUAUGGUGACCUUAGAGAAGCCUCUUGGCAUUCGUUUUGCUCUUUCGGUUGAUGGGAAUGUUUUUGUUCAUUCUCUUCGAAAAGGGGGUAAUGCGGAGAAAUCAAGGAUAAUUAUGGUGGGGGAUGCUUUGAAGAAGGCUAGUGAUUCUUCUGAUGGAAAGUUUGUUGAGAUCAAGGAUAUUGUUGAUGCAAAGACUAUGCUCAAGGAGAAAAAAGGAUGUUUUAGCCUUGUUCUUGAGAGACCCUUUUCACCCUUUCCCAUACAGGAACUACUUUUGAUGAAUGACCUCGAUAUCUUGUUCAACAGAGGCCGUGUUCCCGUAGCUACAUGGAGCAAGACACUAGUGGCUUCAGCUGUUAUGGGGUCUUGUUCGAAUAAUGGAAAUUCUGGGUUUGUAGUCUUUUCUCCAAAGUUUCUUCAAUCUAAGGCAUGGAAGAUAUUGAAUAAUGAAAAUGGAAAUACCCAUCCACUUGUACAGUUGAACACAUAUCCAGCCCCACUUUCCCAACUUAUUUGCAUUUCUAUGGAAGAAGAUUCCAGUGAUGCAGAAUGGACUCAUGGAAGCUUUCCUUUAGGUGAAUAUACUAAGGCAAUUGAUCGUUCGAAAGGAGAAAUUUAUUAUAACCAUUCUCUGGGUAUGCAAUACAGCAAGAUCACUGAACAUUUAUAUGUAGGUUCCUGCAUACAAACAGAAACUGAUGUCGAGGCUCUAGGGAGUUUGGGAAUCACGGCUGUUUUGAAUUUUCAAAGUCCAAUUGAAGCAGAAAACUGGGGAAUCAACUUUAAUGCCACUAAGGAGUGUUGCCAAAGAUGUAAUAUUUUGAUGAUCAAUUACCCCAUUAGAGAAGGAGACUCCUAUGAUAUGAGGAAGAAAUUGCCCUUUUCCGUGGGACUAUUGUUACGCCUGUUGAAAAAAAAUCAUAGGGUUUUCGUUACUUGUACAUCAGGCUUUGACCGCUCUCCAGCUUGUGUCAUAUCAUAUCUUCACUGGAUGACAGACACUUCACUGAAUGCUGCUUAUAAUUUUGUCACUGGACUACACUCUUGCAGGCCUGACAGGCCUGCAAUAGCUUGGGCUACCUGGGAUUUGAUAGCCAUGGCACAAAAAGAUAGACAUGAUGGGCCAGCAACCCAUGCUGUUACAUUUGUCUGGAAUGGACAAGAGGGUGAAGAUGUUUGUUUGGUUGGGGACUUUACUGAUAAUUGGAAAGAGCCGAUUAAGGCUGUCCACAGAGGAGGUCCAAGAUAUGAAAUUGAAGUUAGACUACCACAAGGAAAGUAUUAUUACAAGUACAUUGUUAAUGGUCAAUGGAGGCACUCAAUGGCUUCACCAACAGAAAGAGAUGAAAGGGGAAAUGUUAAUAAUAUUAUUAUUAUUGGUGACGUAGCAAGUGUGAGGCCUUCUGUCCGGAAACACCAAAAGGAUGCGAAUAUUGUGAAGGUGAUUGAGAGGCAGCUCACCGAAAAUGAGCGCUUCACGCUGGCAAAAGCAGCCCGCUGCAUAUCUUUCUCGAUUUGUCCAAUCAGAUUAGUGCCCAAGUAGUUUGUAUGAGAACGUUGCGCUUCGUUGAACAAACUUCGAGAGGAUUGAAAUCUGAUCAGUCCGGAAUCCAUCAGUCCGCAAAGCAUUAAUGCGUAUAUCUAUCAAUCAAUUUAUUUCCAUAUAUGAAGUAAAAAUAAUGGGGUACAUGGAAACAAGAAAUUUUGGGAAAAUAAGGUGUAAUCAAUGUGUUAGUUAAGCCAUUUAUGCCAAUUGUAUCCAAAGACAUGUUAAACAUGAGAAUUCUACUUCUGCACUUAAUAUUUUUAGCAUAAAAUGUGAUUUGGUGAAAUGAGAGUUGUAAGAAUUUUUAUGUUUCUUUUAAGCUUUUUUAAUAAAAUUGUCAAUAUUUUUAA